UAUAAAUGUCACAGAACAAUUUACGGUCAAAAUGGAUGUCUCAAGUGCAAUCCAUGUGUUGAUGAUUCUUUUAUUCCUUGUUUCACCAAUUCAGACGGUGAACAAUUUACAAAUCAUCUUUACGGACCAAACCUACCACAUUGAAAUAGGAGCGGAAGUUCGUUUAACAUGUGUUGUGAUUGGUGGAAACAACCCUCACGUGACAUGGAUAUCACCGAAAGGCCAAUUGCCUUCAAACACAAUGACCGAGCACAACGGUCAAACUUUGAUCAUUUCCGGGUUUGACACGGCGGACAUUGGUCAGUACAUUUGUGUCGCCUCAGAUGGCUUACAGUUUGCUAAUCACGUUUUUACCGUGGCUUUGUCGAGCACAACAACAUUAAAGCAUACAACUGAGAAAACAUCAACAUCAACAAAACAUGUGACAACACCUACACAACAAGUAACAACAUCAACACAACAAGUGACAACACCAACACAACAAGUGAAAACACCAACACAACAAGUGACAACAAGGGUGUUAGCAACAUUGCUAGAGAAAACCACAAGUGAGCGUCCGUCCACUUCAUCACCACCAACAACUAUGCAAACUCAUACAACCAGUCAAAGUUUGGAAACAACCUUACCAAACACCCAUAGUCCUGUGCAAUCAACUGGUUUGGAUUGUAUGAUGUGUAAUGACGUCAUAUCCCCUGCUUUCUGUACUAAUUCCGUUAAAUGUGGUACGCACGAGGAAUGCUACCUUCAGCAGUUCCUUCGAGACGGCAGAGUUCUAUACAUGCAGGGCUGCAUGAACAAAUUUGCGUGCAAUGGUAUUCAGUCUCCAGCUGCAGCUGCAAUAAUUGGACGACGGCGACAGUCUGAUGGUGUUGUUUUAUGCGAAUCUUGUUGUUCGGAUUACAAUGGAUGUAACUUAGGCGGACUCUGUAAUACUCCAGGAGUACCUCCCAAAAUAUUGGAUAUUUCUGUGUCUCCUUCAAAGAUUCAUCUUGGAGAUAAUGUUGACGUGAAAUGCAAUGCUCUUGGUGUGCCCAAACCCUCCAUACAAUGGGGUGUGAUGGCACCUUCAUAUCCGGACAACUUAAGAUUUGUACAAGGAGAAUCUGUUUUGAGGAUAUUGAAUUUUAAUCCCAACAAUGAGCAUAUAUACAGGUGUACUGCAGAAAAUAUCAACGGUACAGACACAAAAAAUAUUGCAAUAAGAAUAAACUAAAUCAAAGAAAUCUAAACAACCACCAUUGUUUGUUUAAAAGGCACA